GACGGUUUUACGCCAUUGGCGGUAGCCCUUCAACAGGGCCACGAUCGGGUGGUGGCGACUCUGCUGGAGCGGGACUCGAGGAGUCGCGCGGGUCUCCCUGCACUGCACGUGGCGGCGCGCAAAGACGACGUCAGCGCCGCCAACCUCCUGCUCAUGAGCCCCGACGCCAAUGUGAAUCACCAGUCCCAGCCCGGCUUCACCGCCCUGCACAUUUCCGCGCACUACGGCUCAACGAAUGUCGGAGCGCUCCUAAUUCAGCGCGGCGCAGACGUCAAUUUCCAGGCCAAGAACAACGUGACACCGCUGCACGUGGCAGCCAAGUGGGGUCGUGUCCAGAUGGUGAAGCUGCUGUUGGACAGCGGCGCCCACGUGGACAGCCGCACUCGCGACGGCCUCACGCCGCUGCACUGCGCCGCGCGAUCCGGCCACAACACCGUCUGCACCAUGCUCAUCGACGCCGGCUGCAACCCCUCGGCCAAGACCAGGAACGGACUCACGCCCUUGCACAUGGCAGCCCAGGGCAACCACGACGAUGUCGCCCGUAACCUGAUCUCGCGCGGAGCCUGUCUCCAGGCCGUCACCGGGGACUUCCUGAAUCCCCUCCACGUCGCCGCCCAUUGUGGAAACGUGAAGGUCGCUCGCACCCUAUUGGACAAGGGCUGCGAUAUGAACGCGCGCGCUUUGAAUGGCUUUACACCGCUUCACAUUGCCUGCAAAAAGAACAAGAUUCCGGUAGCCGAACUCCUCCUUGGCUACGGCGCGCAGAUCUCCAGCACAACAGAGGUUUGUCAUUUGAUGCUGCCUUGUUUGUGCGCCAAAAGCGCCUCUCACUCCUUCCUCCCAUCCCACCAUCAGGCCGGUCUAACUCCCCUGCACGUCGCCGCCUUCAUUGGAAGUCCCGAACUGGUGCGUCUGCUGCUGGAGCACGGUGCCUCGGUGGACCAGGCGACGAUGCGCGGCGAGACGCCGCUGCACCUCGGCGCUCGCUCGUCCAGGCUGAAGGUUGCUGAACUGCUGCUCUCUCACGGAGCUGCUGUCGACGCUAGAGCUAAGGUACGCGCCCCUUCCUCUCCCCCUCUCUCUCUUUGA